AUGUCCUCCAAGGAUUCCUGCUGGCGGCUGCUGCGUUUGGCCAUCCUCCUCGCAGCCUUUCUGGUGCAGUCCAGAAAAGGGGCCUCCUACCGGGAUUUCGUUAGGCAGCACAUCGCUCACCCAAGAACCAGAGCCCCCAAUCUCAACACCUACUGCAACCGCAUGAUGCAGCGGAGGGGCAUGACAAGAGGAACAUGCAAAGCCGUCAACACGUUCAUCAUCGCCAGGCCAAAGGCCGUUCAGAAUAUCUGCCGCAGAGGAGGGACCCGGGUGAAUCGCCAUCGGGAUCUUUACAACAGCAGAAGGCGUUUUCGUGUCAUUACUUGCAGCAACAGAGGUCUUUAUCCUCGUUGCCAGUAUGUCGGUAAACGAGAGACCCGACGAAUUAGUGUGGCCUGCGCCCACACCCUGCCAGUUCACUUUGAGCGACAACGCCCAUGAUUCACCCACAGGAUGCCAGGAGUUCAAUGAAAUAUUAAAAUGGCAGCCAUCUAGUUCCGCUUUGCAUAAUGCUUUCUCAGCAACAGAUGUCUUCAGCAGGCUUUGUUCUCCCCAGGAAAUCCUGGGGAUUGAAGUUGUAU